GUGUGCACAGGCUGUACAUAGCUCACGCUGCUAGCACUACAUUUCACCAGAGCUCCCCAGAUUGCUUGUUCUGCAAAACCAAAGAGCUAAGAACAAUAUGCCCAUUGUAAAAUAUCCUAGGACCAUAGAGCCUCUCUGGAAUGAAUGGGACAGGAAGGCACAGAAAUGUGGAUUAAGACAUACAAUUUAUGCUGUCAAUAGGGAUCACUAUACUGGAGAAUGGUUGGACAAUUUGAAGCAUGGUAAAGGUACACAGACCUGGAAAAGUACAGGAGCAAUAUAUAAUGGUGACUGGAAGUUUGGAAAACGGGAUGGAUAUGGAACAUACAGCAUUCCUGACCCUGUAACUAAAGAAUACAAGAAAGUGUAUUCAGGCUGGUGGAAAAAUGACAAAAAAUGUGGCUAUGGAAUUAAGUUUUACUCGGACGUGGAAUAUUAUGAAGGGGAAUGGAGUGGUGGGAAAAGAAGCGGCUGGGGCAGAAUGUACUACAAGGAUGGAUCCAUCUAUGAAGGACAGUGGUUGGAAGACCAACACAGUGGCCAAGGAAUGCUUCGCUUAACAAAUGAAAAUCGGUAUGAAGGAACAUGGAAAGAUGGAAAAAAACAUGGCCUAGGAAAGUUUUUCUACCUGAAUAAAGGCCAGUUGUUUGAAGGUUUCUGGGUAGCAGAUAUUCCGAAGUGUGGAACUAUGAUUGACUUUGGACGAGAAGAAGCUCCUACUCCUACACAGUAUCCAAUACCCAAGAUUGAACUGGCCAAUCCAGAUGAUGUUUUAGAAGAGGCCCAGGCAAUGCUUGAUGACAGCCAAGAAUGAGAACAGGCUGCUGAUAAAGAUAUGAGAAAAGAACACAAGACUCAUUGUUACUUCUUCAUUUGAAUCAUCUUUUUAGAUCCAUGGUAUAUGAGACGGUGUGUUUUGUAAAGUAGAGAAGCAGCACCAAAGCCACUUUGGUCUCAAGAAAUUAAUUAGUUCCUCAAAACUGCCAUAAUGUAAACUUCAUUCUGUUUUUCUAUUUGGACAGGAUCCAUUUUACUCAGGAGUUUAGAAGCUGGGGAGGCCUUAUAGGAAGAAAUAAUUCUGUCCAUGUAUAAAUUAAAAGUAGGUGUUGACCUCCUUUGACACUAUAUUAUAGAAAACCUAUGUCUGAUUGUAAACCAAUUUCCAGGCUCUUUAAAUACCAGAUGGCCAUGGUCAAGUGGGCUGAAAGCCAAGGACACUCUAUCCAUACUUUCAAGUUCCAGUCACAAGAAUUAAAGUCAUGGCACUCUGAAUUAAAAUCAUUCUGGAAGGUCUGUAUUUUUAUUUUCUUCAAACCACAGCACUAACUCAAUGUAAUGCUAGUGCUACUGUUCAAAUUAAAAACAGACUAGUACAGAUGGGUCAAUGGAGAUACAUGCUGGCAUAGAUGUCAGCUUGGUAUUGCAGAAAGAGGUGCAUUCUGCAGGUGGCUGCAGCUAGGGUUUUUAUAUGGGCUUGCUUGACCUUGCCUUCUAUACAUCCCAAGAGUAUCAAUUUAGUUUACAAAUUUCUGUACAUGGGGAUAGCUUUAUUGGAACUAAGAAUCAUUUUAAUGCUGCACUGAACACCAUUUAAAAAAAUUAAAUGAAAAUGUGAGAUGGAAGCUGGUUUGCAGCCAGACACAGGACUGCCAUACUGUAGUGUGUUACAAAGAGGUCAUUUUUCAGCAAAACAGCCAUUCCCAAAACACUACCUAUAAGUGCCAGGUUUACAAUAACAUCCAUUUUGUUAUGGGGAGAAGAUUUCUUCCCAAAGUGACUUCUAGCCUUGAUCCAAAGGGCUGCAGGUUUCAUACAAGAAAUUCCUUAUAAUCCUACAGAAGUGUUUUCUAGCUCAGUUUGAAAGGGAGGUAAUAGCUGUGACCUUGCACUUUAUGAUUUUAUGAAAAUAUGCUAAUGAGAGUGAAUAUAAUAUAACUGGAAUGUG